AUGGCCGAUAUUCAGCUUGGUGAAGCGGAGCCAAUACCGCAAGGCUGGUCGGACGCGGCUAUCGUUUCCCUCCCUGACGAGGAUCUGAUCGAUUACGACAGCGACGAUGCUUCCCCAACUGUCGCCGAGGCCAAAAAGUCGUCGAAUGAAGAUACUCUGGCAGUCAACGCCCCGCACGAGGUUGUCGGACACUCGAACUCGCCCGUUGCAAGUGGAAUAGGCACAGAGCCUGCGCUUGCCGCCAACGGAACUCACAUAUCGCGCGAUAAUGAGGACGACGCAAUGAUGGACCAGGCGGCCAUAGGCGAAGAAGACAGCCACGGCGAGAGCGAUUCUGUUGCAGUUCGUGACGCCAAAGGUGGUGAAGAGGAGCAAGCAGAUGUUCACGAGAUCGACUACGACCAUGAUGACGUCGAUUAUCAGGCUUCCGACCACGACAGCGAUCACAGUGCAUCGGCCGCAACGGCGCCCCAGCCCCCCUCUCGUGCCGAGGGUAUCCAAGACACGAGUGCACUUGGCAUGCCUGAGCCCGAGGACCAGGCGGAACAUUUCGAGAUCGACUGGGAAGAGCCAGAUGCAGAUGGUGACGAAGAGGCCAGUGAUGGCGCCGUGACACACUCUACGAGCGAGCAGCAAGCGACCGAACCUGCCGAGCCCGCCGAUGCCGUGGAGAACGGUCCCUCAAGUGCUGCCGAAGGAAGCGUCGAUGGCCACGACUAUAACGAAACAAGUUCACACGAGCUGCUGGGCCAGGGGGCGCCUAAAUCCGGGGAAUUCCCUGAGAUUCAUGUUUGGUACAGGGGAGAGGAGUACCCUUUCUUUUCGCAGUCAUCGGAUGGCUUUUUUGGGCAUGUUUCCAUCCUUGACGAAUCUAUGGCCACCAUUCUCAGCGAACUGCGCUCAAUGCUGGACGAUGAGAUUGGCGAACAGGACGAGCUCGUUCUACAAGUCGAUAAGCUUGGCCUUGAAUUUGCCGAGUCAUCGCCCAGUGCAGUCUUGUCUACCGUGACCUUACACAAGGUCCUAGAUCUCAUGGAUUCGCUUGUCAAGAAUGAAGAUCCCGAGAGCUACACUCAGCUGUACACGUACCUCUUCACGAGACCUGACACCUUGAAGCGUUUCAAGUUCCUUCAAGACAGUGCCACUGUCGACAAGAAGGGGCUCGGAGAUGUCCUUUACAUCUUUCGUGCCCCUGCUGAUGGAAGUCUUCCAGGUGUCGAUGAUGCAGAGGAGCUAGAUAAGCAGGAAAGUUUGACUCAGGAGGGACUCGCUGGUAAUGACGCCUUCGUGGGGGGAGUUGGAGAAUUUGGCGAAGACUUUUUCGGUGCGGAUGAAGUCACCAAUCCGCAGGAGUUCGCUCCAGCAGCCGCCAUGGGACAUGGCACUGAAAAAGAUAUCGAGGCUGAAGAAGCCACCGGUGAUCUGGCAACAACAGAUAUGAUGGACGCUCCUCUGCCUGGUCACAAUACCACCAUCGAUCUCGAAAGGGACCAGGGUCCCUUGACAGGUGUUUCUGGUGCCCACGCCACUGAAUCCAAGGUCGAGGACCUCUUCGAAGCGCCGGAACUCGAAACGAGGGAAGCAAACGCCGUUGGCGCCCAGGCUCCGCAUGUGGACGAGGACCUCAUUGAAUACACGGACGAUAAGAUUGAAACCGCAGGAGAGGACUCAAUCACCGGCGACAGGGUCCUGCCGAAUUGGCCCGAGGAUUUCUCGACUACAAAGAGCGCAGGCUUGCAACAGGUCGGGUCGGCCGCCGUUGGUGGUGGCUUGGUCGAUGACAAUGCCGGAAACGACGACGCUAUCAUCCAAGUGAAUGCGUUGCGUUCUGAUGAUGAUCUCGGCGAUUACAACGACCAGAAUCCUAGCGAGAACAGCAUCACAGGCAUGAAGCCAGGCACUGCACAGGUCGCCGCUAACACGUUGGCUGCGCCCGGUAGUCGUGACACGACCGACGAUGUGCACGCUGAACAAGUACCCAACGCUAGCGGCCUCAAAACCGCAGCUCGCCACAUCCGCAGCACAUCCGAUAUUAGCAUCUCCUUUUCUGAGGCGGGUCCUGACCAAGUGCCUCCGGCACUUACGGAAGGUGCAAGCCCUUCCUUGCAGAUAUUUAACCUCGACGAUGCUGCGGCAUCUGGAACGGAGCUUCUGGAAACGGAGAGCGAAGCGGCAGCUCUUUUGGAAAGCGAAGUGCUGGACGCAGAUUUGCCCAACGACCAGGAUGACCUCUCCGAGAUUGACUGGGCCGCCGAAGAGGACGAUGGCGUUGGUGGCGGCCUUGACGAGGCACAAGCUACGGCUGUCAAACGUAGCCUCCCAGACGAUGACGCAUACGACGGCAACGACGUCAAACGUCAUCGACCGACAUGA